ACCACAGAAGCAGCUGGUGAGGAAGAGCAGGCAGAGCCAAGGCCUCCAGGGGACCGAAAGUGGGGACAUGCUGGGCCGGCACCGGCUGCUGCUCACUCUGAUAGAGCUGGUCUCCUUGGGAUGUGCUCUGUCCCAAGAAUGCACCAAGUACAAGGCCAGCACCUGCCAGGACUGUAUCCAGCAGGGGCCUGGCUGCUCCUGGUGCCAGAAGCUGAACUUCACGGGCCAAGGGGAGCCUGACUCCAUACGCUGCGACACGCGAGCGCAGCUGCUGAUGAAAGGCUGCGCGGCCGACGACAUAGUAGACCCCAGGAGCCUCGCUGAACCCCAGGAGGACAGGCAGGGAGGCCAGAAGCAGCUGUCCCCACAAAAAGUGACAGUUUACCUGCGACCAGGUCAGGCAGCUGCAUUCAACGUGACCUUCCGGCGGGCCAAGGGCCACCCCAUCGACCUGUACUACCUCAUGGACCUCUCCUAUUCCAUGCUGGACGACCUCAACAACGUCAAGAAGCUAGGUGGUGACCUGCUGCAGGCCCUCAACGAAAUCACCGAGUCUGGCCGCAUUGGCUUUGGGUCCUUUGUGGACAAGACGGUGCUGCCCUUUGUCAACACGCACCCCGAGAAGCUGAGGAACCCCUGCCCCAACAAGGAGAAGGCCUGCCAGCCCCCGUUCGCCUUCCGGCACGUGCUGAAGCUCACUGACAACUCCAACCAGUUCCAGACAGAAGUCGGGAAGCAGCUGAUUUCUGGAAACCUGGACGCCCCUGAGGGUGGGCUGGACGCCAUGAUGCAAGUUGCUGCUUGCCCAGAGGAAAUUGGCUGGCGCAAUGUCACACGACUGCUGGUGUUUGCCACGGAUGACGGUUUCCACUUUGCGGGUGAUGGGAAGUUGGGUGCCAUCCUGACCCCCAAUGAUGGUCGCUGCCACCUGGAGGACAACAUGUAUAAGAGAAGCAAUGAAUUUGACUAUCCAUCGGUAGGCCAGCUGGCGCACAAGCUGUUGGAAAGCAACAUCCAGCCGAUCUUCGCAGUGACCAAGAAGAUGGUGGAAACGUAUGAGAAACUCACAGAGAUCAUUCCCAAGUCCGCUGUGGGGGAGCUGUCCGAAGACUCCAGCAACGUGGUGCAACUCAUCAAGAAUGCCUACAACAAACUCUCUUCCAGAGUCUUCCUGGACCACAGCACCCUCCCCGAGACCCUGAAGGUCACCUACGACUCCUUCUGCAGUAACGGAGUGUCGAGUGUCAACCAACCACGAGGGGACUGCGACGGAGUGCAGAUCAAUAUCCCGGUCACCUUCCAGGUGAAGGUCACAGCCACAGGGUGCAUCCAGGAGCAGUCCUUUGUCAUCCGAGCACUGGGCUUCACCGACGAGGUGACCGUGAGGGUGCUUCCCCAGUGUGAGUGCCGGUGCAGGGACCAGAGGCAGCAGCAGGGCCUCUGUGGGGGCAAGGGUGCCAUGGAGUGUGGCAUCUGCAGGUGCAAUGCAGGGUACCUUGGGAAAAACUGUGAGUGCCAGACACAGGGCCGGAGCAGUCAGGAGCUGGAGGGAAGCUGCCGGAAGGACAACAGCUCACUUGUGUGCUCAGGGCUGGGGGACUGCAUCUGUGGGCAGUGCGUGUGCCACACCAGUGAUGUCCCCAACAAGGACAUCUUCGGGAAGUACUGUGACUGUGACAACAUGAACUGCGAUCGCUAUGACAACCAACUGUGCGGUGGCUCAAGCAGGGGCAAGUGCUCCUGUGGUCAGUGCAAGUGUGAGAUGAAGUACGAGGGCUCGGCGUGCCAGUGCGAGAGGUCCACCAGAGGCUGCCUGAACACGCGGCAGGUGGAGUGCAGCGGCCGCGGCCGGUGCAGCUGCAACAAGUGCCAAUGCAACGCCGGCUACCAGGAGCCGCUGUGUGAGGAUUGUCCCGGCUGCCCCUCGCCCUGCCCCCAGCUAAUCUCCUGCGCCGAGUGCCGGAAGUUUGAAAGGGGCCCCUUUGAGAAGAACUGCAGCGCGGCGUGUGCGAACGUGACCCUUCAGGACUUCCCCUUGAAGGGCAAGAUGGUGAAGACCUGCAAGGAGCGGGACUCGGAGGGCUGCUGGAUGUCCUACAGCGCGCUGCAGUGGGACUGGGAGAAAAGCUACCACAUCUACGUGGAAGAGGGCCGAGAGUGCGUGGAGGGCCCCAACAUCGCUACCAUCGUAGGGGGCACUGUGGCAAGCGUCGUGCUUAUUGGUGUCCUCCUCCUGGUCAUCUGGAAGGCCCUGACCCACCUGAGUGACCUCAGGGAGUAUAGACGCUUUGAGAAGGAGAAGCUCAAGUCUCAGUGGAACAAUGACAACCCCCUCUUUCAGAGCGCCACCACAACAGUCAUGAACCCUAAGUUUGCUGAGGGCUAGGCACCCCCUGUGACCACAAGUUGUCAGAAUCAACCAGAUAGGACCCUGGAAGCCACUGUCUCCAGCCUGUGCUCACGACAUGCCGUAGGACUCACCACAGAGUCACCGAGAACCCAAAGUCUGCUGUUUCUUUCCACCCUGACCGUGAGAGGGCUGCCAGGUUUUCUCACCUUCUAGAUGAGGUGCGCGGCGGACUCGUCUGCAGUCUUUCUAUCGAGCCUUGGAAAGGAGCCUCCCACGCCUUCGGAAGCUCCACACCAGUUCUCCUAUGUGAGGGGUGGGGCGGAGGGGAUGUCAGUCUCAGUAAAUGUGAUGCCAAUUUAUUUAUAUGUAAGCUUAUCAGGGCACAAAACUAUAUCCCAUGUAUUGUACUGCUAACCAGUCACGUGUAUAAAUAAUAAAGCUUCCAUCCAGGCUGUCCACUGAA